CAAACAUACUUGAGAGCUUUAGGGUGCUCCCAACUCGAGAGCUAAUUAACUCUAUAGACUAGCUAGAAACUAGAAAGCCAUGGAAGCUCAAAGCUACUUGUUGCUUAUUGGCUUGUUCUUUGUAUUGCAUUGGCUUGCAAAAUGUUACAAAAGUAGUGUCUCUCAGAAACUUCCACCAGGACCAAAGAAACUACCCAUCAUAGGGAACCUGCAUCAACUAGCAGAAGCAGGUUCACUUCCACACCAUGCUCUGAGAGAUCUUGCCAAAAAAUAUGGACCCCUCAUGCACCUCCAACUUGGUGAAAUUUCAGCAGUGGUUGCAUCCUCCCCAAAGAUGGCCAAGGAAAUAGUGAAAACACAUGAUGUUUCUUUUCUCCAGAGACCCCAUCUUGUUUUUGGUCAAAUGAUAUCCUACGGGGGAUUGGGCAUUGCUUUUGCUCCAUAUGGUGAUCACUGGAGACAAAUGAGGAAAAUGUGUGCCACGGAGCUUCUGAGCACCAAAAGAGUUCAGUCUUUUGCUUCCAUUAGAGAAGACGAGGCAGCAAAGUUUAUCGACUCCAUUCGCGAAUCUGCUGGUUCGCCUAUCAAUCUCACCAGUAGAAUUUUCUCAUUGAUAUGUGCCUCAAUUUCCAGGGUAGCAUUCGGUGGCAUAUACAAGGAGCAAGAUGAGUUUGUUGUGUCUUUGAUCCGAAAAAUCGUAGAAUCCGGGGGAGGAUUCGACCUUGCUGAUGUCUUUCCUUCAAUUCCAUUCUUAUAUUUCCUAACUGGAAAGAUGACCAGAUUGAAGAAGUUGCACAAGCAGGUUGACAAGGUCCUGGAAAACAUCAUCAGAGAGCAUCAAGAAAAGAACAAAAUUGCAAAAGAAGAUGGAGCUGAAUUAGAGGACCAAGAUUUUAUUGAUCUUCUUCUCAGAAUCCAACAAGAUGACACUCUCGACUUCCAAAUGACGACUAACAACAUCAAAGCUUUGAUAUUGGACAUAUUUGCUGCUGGAACUGAUACUUCAGCAUCAACACUAGAGUGGGCUAUGGCAGAAAUGAUGAGAAAUCCAAGAGUGAGGGAGAAAGCACAAGCUGAAUUGAGACAAGCUUUUCGAGAAAAGGAAAUAAUUCAUGAAAGUGAUCUAGAGCAACUUACUUAUUUGAAGUUGGUGAUCAAAGAGACAUUCAGGGUACACCCACCUACUCCUUUAUUGCUCCCUAGAGAAUGCUCUCAACCAACCAUCAUUGAUGGCUAUGAAAUACCUGCCAAAACUAAAGUCAUGGUAAAUGCAUACGCAAUUUGUAAGGAUUCCCAAUAUUGGAUUGAUGCUGAUAGGUUUGUCCCUGAAAGGUUCGAGGGUAGUUCUAUCGAUUUCAAAGGGAAUAACUUUAACUAUCUCCCUUUUGGGGGAGGACGAAGAAUAUGCCCAGGCAUGACAUUGGGUUUAGCUAGCAUUAUGCUUCCACUAGCUCUACUACUGUAUCACUUCAACUGGGAACUCCCAAACAAGAUGAAACCUGAGGAAAUGAAUAUGGAUGAACACUUCGGAUUGGCUAUUGGGAGGAAAAAUGAAUUGCAUUUGAUUCCCAAUGUUAAUUUAUGAUCAUUGAGUACACGAUUGACGUAUCCAUGUUUAUUAAACUCACUUUCAAGAAUCCUAUUUAAUUUAAUUGUUAAGGAAAUAAAAGCGUAUUUAUUAUUAUUAUUAUUGGAUUUUUAUUUAUAUAAGUAUACAUUUUUCUUA